AUGGAAAAUCAGCUGUGGCAUGACACCCUGGGGUGCUGCAGUCAAUACCAAGAAAGCCCCCAGAAUGUUGAGGACAUCUUAUUCCUGCUGCUGGGUCUCAUCAUUCUUGUCAACAUUGGCAUCAACAUGGCAACUGUGAUGUGGCAUGGGCUCCAGAAUGUCUUAGACAAGAUGUUCCAUAGCACUAAUCAGAAAAAUGAAGUACAAGCUACUGAAAGUUCCUCCAGAGAUCCCCCAGCCAAGGCACAGGAUGUCCACAUCCACUGCAUCCUGGACCCUGUACAGGUAAAGAUGGCCCGACCCACACGCUACUCCUCUUCCUCCUGCCACCACCUCUAUAACCGCCGCAGCCACAGUCGUCCCUAUGGUCACCAGAAGAGACCAAAGAACCGUGGAAAAUUCCCCCGUGGCCGCUCAGUCUUCCGUAACCAACAUCACAGAUGCAAGAUGUCACGGCUGCAGCCAAUGCCCUUCUUUGAUGGGGAUGACCAGGACUCCUACCUGGAGGACAAUGACCUGUCCUUCCCACAUCCCAAAUACCCCCAUGGGCGCUGGGGUGGGUUCUAUCAGCGAAUGGGCCUGCCCUCCAAGGUGGGGCUGUGGGGCCGCCAGGGUGGAAUCCUGGCCAGCCUGCCCCCACCCUCCCUCUACAUGUCACCCGAGCUGCGCCGCUUGCCCAAGCGUGUGGAGGCCAAGUCUGAGCUGAGGCUGCAGUCCUACGGGCCCCAUUGCUCACAAUCCCAAAUUUGGGGCAACAUGGAGGCUGAGCAGUGGGCCCUGUCUCCACCACCUCCCCGCCGGCUGCCCCCUAACCCCUACUGGGUCCCUGGCGGACACAGUCCUUACCCCUCAGGGGGCCAGAUACUGUGUGACUCCUGGGAUCAGCGGCGACGUGGUGCAGAGAGCUCUGAGCCCUCACCUGCCUUGGUGUCCCGGAACUCCCGGCCUGACGCCCAGGGCUACCGGGAGCACUAUUCCCCACAGUCCCACCGGCAGAGCCUCCCUAGCCAUGCUCAUAGCCAGCCCAACCGCAGCCCCCACCCAUCCAUGGGACACUUGGGCUGCAGCUCCCGCGAUCCCCACGAGGUACGGCGCAGGGUGGCUGACUGGGCUGAGGCUCUGCCUGCUCGGCAUCCCCUGACCACCUCCACGUCCCUCACCGUGCUGGGCGAGACCUGGUACCAACAGGCCCCAGCUCCCAGCUCAGCCCUGCUCCCCCACUCCUCCCAGCCCCUGCCCGAAGUCCAGUCUGUUGAUCCCACCCCAGCCCCGACCACCUUCGUCCCACUCAGCCGGAAUCCAGGGGGUAAUACCAGCUACCGGGUGUACGACAGCCUGGAGCUGAAGCGGCAGGUGCAGGAGAACAGAGUGCGGGCCAGCUCCCUGCCACCACCAUCCACCUCAGCCUCAAGGCCUUCUCUGCAUAGGAAUCGGACUGGGAAACUUAACUGA